CUCUUCCUUUCCUCUAGUACCCAUCGUCACCUCGAUCUUACUGUCCCCAAGCAUCCAUUAGUAUCAUCCACAACGACAGACGUGAUGGAGGCUAAUCUUGCUAAACUAUCCAAAUUUCAGAUCUCGAACUUCUUCGAGAAGAAUGCUCCUGCGACGCAACAGGAAUGCGACCUCGAGGCCGAACGGAUUACAGGCAUGUCUAUACACACGACAUCUCUCCAAGGCGGGCAGAGCUACACCGUCCUCACCAACGAUGAGACACGUGUUGUUCAGUUUCGCGCCGGCUACGCUGCCCUCGACAUGGGGUUUCUCGGAUAUAUUGAGCAAGCAUACGGUCGAUUCACGCCACAUCACGAGUCCAGCGGAAAACUGGGCCAGCUCCAUGUCUAUACGAUGCUCAAUGUGGGAGGGGUCUCGAUGUAUCUUGCGCGGGAUGCGUUAAACCGGAAUAACUUCAGCCUUCGGAAGUGUACGGUGCAGGAUUUUGCUAGGUACACAGGGCUGCCCGAGCGCUUUCGCCCAACGCUGAGCCAUCUCAUCUCAAUGCUCCCAAGUCUCUUGGACGUGAAUUGGCCUCUAGUGCCCAACCACACCGACCUCCUGGAGAACAACAUCCACGUGAGCAUGGAGACGGGCCACAUCAUGGGAAUUUGUGACUGGAAGGACACCACCAUUGGUCCUUUUGGGAUGUCGCUCGGGGGCCUCGAGACCUUGCUUGGGACAGAGACGGUGAGCUGGGGCUGGCGCUACCAUCCAAACCAGCAGGAACUGCGGGACCUGUUCUGGGAGACAUUGUACCAGGAGAUGGGAGGCGUCUCCGAGGAGCAGAAGAAGCUCAUCGAUGUAUCGAGACUGGUUGGCCUGUUCUUGGCCAAUGGUUUCGAGUGGAAAGAUGGGGUCAAGUUCCCCGCCAGUGAGGGAUUUGAUGGCUUGCGUUACCUCGAGUCGGUUACUCUGACACUUUGGAUGACACAACAACAACUUUCCUCUACUUUUGUUCUGUGAAGGAGGAAGGUGGAAGAUUGAUCUCAUGAUUUCGCAGGCAUAUCCAGGUUUCUGGACGAACCACGGCCGCAAGGCUAUCAAGGAGGAACUUGUUCAUGCAGAUAUGGAUGCGAUACCUAUAGCUGUCGUGAAACACGAGCGCACUGCCGAUGGUGUUUACAAUGACGGUGAAGGAUCGAGAAGAAAAAAGGCUCGUUUAACACAGCCGAGCGUCCCGCAGCCAUGUACCGCUCCCAUCAUCCAGAUUCCUUCAGCGCCGGUACUACCCAUGCAUGCACAGAUAGCUACACCCACCACAUCCUCUCUUUCGUCUGCGCUACAUCCAUUGUCGCCAUCUACACGCCCGUAUUACUGAACUCCGGACUGGGAAUG